CCCGCCCCUUGCCAAACGCACUACAAGCCGCCGUCAAGCAAGGAACGGAGCUAAUGCGAGUCUAUUGGGGAAAAAACGAACCCACUUGUCAAGAUACCACCCAUUAGAACGGAAAGCGCUUUUACUGGCGGGAGCUUACCGCUGAGGCGUCUGAUGGACGAUGAGGAGGAGGACACGUCGCGGCCCGUCUCGCAGUUCCGCGGAACGCCUUUCUGGGAGCCAAAGUACGAAGCGGAGUCGCAACGGAACACCGGCGUUAGCGGCAACAACAACAACAACAGCAUUAGCGCGCUGGCGUGCAACUUGCCUUUUCACGGCAACGCCGCGCUACCCUCGCACUUCCCCGCACAGUUCGAGCCCAUGGAGGAUCGGGGGGACCGGCGAGUUGCGAUGGAGGAAGACGGGCGGCGGCGGGAAGAGGACGACAGAAUGGCGGAGAGGCCCGCCCGACAGGAGGCAGCGGUGAGCAUGGAGGUGCAAAUCGGACAAAAACUACGGGAGAUCGGAGACAAGUUCCAGCAGGAUCACAUUGAUCUGUACCUGAGGCAGCAGCGACAAAACCUGCCCGUCUGGAUGCGCCUCACCAUGGCCCUGUUGGGCUUCCUCUUCCCCAGACCGCCUCCCGUUCCUCGGCUGAGGGGGGCCAACAGAUGAAGGGCCCGGUUUAGCCCCCCCUGAACCACCACUUGUCCACCCCUCACUGUCACGGGACCGGACUUUUUAAAGAUGGCACUGUAAGAUGGAACACGGGUUCAGAUUUUUUUCUUAUUAUGAGGAAGAGAUAAACUGCGGUCACCGCUGGACGGAGACUAAUGGCAUUUUGUUGAUUUUUUUGUUAUUGUUUUUUUCUCACCCCUCAUCCUCCCCUAAACCCUUCUUUUUUUCUUCAAGAAGAAGCCAUUAAGUUUGAAGAGAUAUUUUGGAAAUAUGACUUGUAAGAUGACCUAUUUUGUACAGCUCCUUUGAUUUGGUUCUCGGAAGUGAACUCGCAUCAUCAGUCCCGGGAAUGCCUUACGAUUCUGUCCCGCCACUGCAUCGAGGAAGAGGAGAAAAGCGAUUUUUUUAUGGUUUAUUCCUCCCCCAAAAAAUAAGACCUCGACUUCCCCUUUUUUGGACUGUUUGAGAACAUCGGAACAACGCCGGCCGCCCACUUGAAUUACGAUGUCGCAUUGUACAGGCGGCCAUUUUGUGAGCAGUCAGGGAAACGUAAACAAUCAAGAUCGAGAAGUUUUUUUGUUCGAAACUUCUCGGGACAAUCUUUAUGAAUGGGAGGAUGAGCAAUAUUUCAGAAACUUUCAAGCGGGGUGCACAAGUACUGAUUUUGUUGUGGUAGUACCUGGACUGACCUGUGAAGGGCGCCAUUGAGACUGAUGAGAAGUUUUGUAGUAGAAGAAGAAACUGUUCAAUUUCAAACAUUCAUUUGCGGUUUAACAUUUACACUUGUUUUUGAGCAUAUGAGGGAGGGGUGGGAAAAUGGACGCCACACCACAUGAUAAUCAAUCAGGAUAAAAUUAGAAAAAUGACAAUUUGGCAAUGCACAAGUUAUUUGCUUAACUGAUGCCACACCACAUGAUAAUCACUCAAGAUAAAAUUUCAAAAUUGAAGAAGUAGAUAAUUAAGCAACUACGAUCACCAAAUUGCUCAAAUUAUUUGCUUAACAGAUGCCACACUACAUGAUAAUCACUCAGGAUAACAUUUCAUAAUUUAUAAUUCAGCAACUACAAUCACCAAAUUGCUCAAAUUAUUUGCUUAACAGAUGCCACACCACAUGAUAAUCACUCAAGAUAAAAUUUCAAAAUUGAUAAUUAAGCAACUACGAUCGCCAAAUUGUUUGCACGCAAAUUAUAUGCUUAACGGAUUCCACACCACAUGAUAAUCACUCAAGGUAAUGUUCAAAAUUAAUAAUAAGGCAACUACAAUCACCAACUUGCUCAAAUUAUUUUCUUAUCAGAUGCCACACCACAUGAUAAUCACUCAGGAUAAAAUUUCAAAAUUGACAAUUCAUGAACUAUCAUCACCAAAUUCCUCAAAUUAUAUGAUAAACAGAUGCCACACCACAUGAUAAUCGUUUAGGAUCAUAUUUCAGAUAUCACAAUCCGGCAACUACAAUCACCACACUGCUCAAAUUAUUUGCUCAAUAGACACCAGUCACACCACACUACUUGAUAAUCGCUAAGGAUAAUCUUUAAAAUAUCCUAAUCUGGCGACUACGAUCACCGAACUUCUCAAAUUACUUGCUUAACUGAUGUCCCACCACAUGAUAAUCGCUCAGGAUAAUCUUGCAAAACAUCACAAUCCGGCAUCUACGAUCACCAAAGUGUCCAAAAUUUUUGCUCAAGAGACACCACACCACAUGAUAAUCACUCAGGAUAAUCUUUCAAAUAUCACAAUCCGGCAACUACAAUUGCUAAAUUGCUCAUAUGAAUUGUUUAACGGACGGCACACCACAGGAUAAUCGCUCAGGAUCAUUUUUCAAAAACGACAAUCGGGUAGCUACGAUCACUAAAUUGAUCAAAUUAGACCCGGUUAUCGGUAAGUGUGUACCCCGCUUGAUCCAAUGUUCCUUUAAUCACUGUUUGGGUUCAGGUUACGGAGAUUAUUUCCACUCGGCUCGAGUUUGAAGCAAUUUUUUUACAAGAGCUUUCGUACCGAUUUUCCGAAUAAGGACGGCCAUGACGAUCCGUCAGCCACGCCUCCAUUUUAUACUACUUCAACUUUGUCAAUAAUAUACUGUUUGUUUACAUCCAAUUGUACCUCUUCCGGCUCUUGAGUGGCCACUUUCGGCGACUUGAAACCCUUAAAAACGGCGUUUUUUUGUGAUUUCCUUCUUCAUUACUGAAUUGAAUUUGGGUAAAAUGGAUUUUCAAUGUUUGUUUUCUGAAAAAUCCAAUCUUUAUUUUGGACAAGGGAGCAAUUUCAUGUGGUAUUUGUAGUUUCGGAAAACGUCCUGCACUCCAAACGGGCAAUUUACGAAGUAAAAGCGCCCUCUGCUGGCUGUAGAAAGACUGCACUAUUAAUCAUUUAAGAAAAAAAGUGGUGGCUCCUUGAGAUGCGACUUUAUUUUACUCAUAUCUCAGAAUAACUGAAAUCGUCUUGAAAGUCCGAACUGCACUGCCACUAGCAAGCGGAGGUGAGGCGUACUCGUAUCUCAAAAAUUUGCUCGCAUCUCAAAAUAUCUGAAAUCAUCUUAAAAGUCCGGACUGCACUGCUGCUAGCUAGCGGUGGUGACGUGUACUUGUAUCUCAAAUUUUUGCUCGUAUGUCAAAAUGACUGAAAUUGUCUUUAAAAUCCGAACUGCGCUGCUGCGAGCUAGCGUUGGUGACACGGGCUUGUAUCUCAAAUUUUUGCUCGUAUGUCAAAAUGACUGAAAUCGUCUUGAAAGUUUCAACUGCACUGCCGCUAGCUAGCGGUGGUGACGCCUACUUGUAUGUCAAAUUUUUGACCGUAUCUCAAAAUAACCGAAAUCGUCUUGAAAGUUCGAACUGCACUGCCGCUAGCUAGCGUUGGUGACGCACACUUGGGUGUCAAAUUUUUGCUCGCAUCUCAAAACUACUGAAAUCGUCUUGAAAGUCCGAACUGUGCUCCCGCUGGCUAGCAGUGGUGGCGCAUUUUUGCAUGUGAAAUGUUUGCUCAUAUCUCAAAAUAACUGAAAUCGUCUUGAAAGUCCGAACUGCGCUGCCGCUAGCUAGCGUUGGUGACACGUACUUGUAUCUCAAAUUUGUGCUCGUAUCUCAAAAUAACAAAUCGUCUUGAAAGUCCAAACUGCGCUGCCGCUAGCUAGCGUUGGUGACGCGUACUCGUAUCUCAAACUUUUGCUCAUAUCGCAAGACGAAAGACAAAUGACAACUCGUAAAGUCGGGUCACGUUUAUCUCCAGGCGCCAUUAUUUUUUAAUUUUUGAUUGACAUGUUGAAAUUUUGAACGUAAACAAGGACUUAACAAUUAUAAAAUUCGUAGUUUUACGAUAUUUUUUUCCUGAAGGAAAUAUGGUCACCAAUGCCCAUCGGUAAUCGACAUCAAGUUGGAUGUAUUCUUUCGCUCUCGUGUUGAAUAUGAACGUUUGAAGACACUGAUGAUUUUUACUUCAUUUUUUUACGUUUUUCGAGGGAGUAUCCGACAGUCCCAUUUAUGAAUAUUAUUAUUAUUAUUUGGAUUCUUGUGUUGGACAAAGCGAGACCUCCGCGUUUGGCCGAGAUCCACGUCGUUUGUUUCCUGCAAACACUCAACGCUGAGCCAAUCGGGAAUGAACGCUCUCUAGCUUAGCCUAGCUUAUUUUAGCUUAGCUUAGCACAGCGUCGAGUCACUCCCGCAAUGGAAUUUUUGUUAAUUUAUUUCCUUAUUUAUUUUGGGUGUAUAUUUGCUACUGUACAGAUGCUAGCUCGGUGUGUACGGUCGUACUUGUUCUCGUUGUCGAUCGUGCGUUCGGCCGGGGGCGGGGCUACGCUUUCCCGACAUUUGAUUUUUGGAAAUUCCUCACAGGGCUAGAUUAAAUUCACCGUUAUUUGUUCCUCCUAAUGUUUCGACUACAUUCUCGUUAUAUUUUUCUCUCGUUCAGAAUGACUUAUUUUGAAAUUAUUUUGUGUUAAUUUUUGGAUGUUGAUGAAACAACUUUAUUCAUUUUUUUUUUUGUUCAUGAAUUGUGGUGAUUUUUUUUUCUUUUUUAAAAGUGCGAUAAUUUUUUCAAUUAUGACUAUUUUGUAAUUAUAUUUCCGAUUUUUUUUUUUAAUAGUAGUACAAUUUUCCGACUUUUUUGGAUUGCGUCAAAUUUUAGCAAAAGUAAUUUUUAAGAUAAUUACGGAUAAUUUUGUGUAAUUUAUUUUUAUGAAAUUAGUUUGUAAAAUUUGUGUUGUCCAACUAAAAGCACGAUUUCAAUCUCACAAAAUUUUGCAUUUUUUUCCUAAAAUGAUGUCUGUUACAUCGUAAUUUUGUUUUCAUCUUACAUCCUAAUUUUCGUAAUAAAGUAUGACUUUCCCUCGCAAAAUUUUCAGCACAGUAAUUUUUAAUCAUAUCACAAAUAAAUAAUAGAUUUUUUAAAAUUCUAAUUGCUUCUUGUUAUUUUAUAAAUCGUCAACUUGUUUUAAAGUUUAAUCUAACUUAACUUUCGUCAUAGUACUUUAUUUUCAUGAUAUUAGUUUGUAAAAUUUGUGUUGUCCAACCAAAAUAAUGACUUAAAUCUCACAAAAUUUUGUGUUUUUUUUUUUGUCAGUUUAAUCGUAAUUUUAAUCAUAUCACAAAUAAAUAAUAGAAUUUUUUUGCUGUAAUUGGUUCUUGUUGUUUUAUAAAUCGUCAAUUUUUUUUCGUAACUAAAACUUUAUUUUCAUGAAAUUAUUUUGUAAAAUUUGUGUUGUAAAAGCACAACUUCAAUCUCACAAAAUGUUGUGGUUUUUUUUCUACCAUGAUGUCAGUUUAAUCGUAAUUUUUUUCAAUCGUAAUAUAACCUAAUUUUCGUAAUACUUUCAAAUUUUUUUGCGCAAAAUUUUCCAGCACUGUACUUUUUAAUCAUAUCACAAAUAAAUAACUGAAUUUUGUUGUAAUCGGUUCUUCUCAUCAACUUUUUUUCAUAGCUUAAGUUUAUGUUAACCUAAAUUUAAGCUAACUUUCGUAACAGAUUAGAUAUGUACGGAUAAAUUUGUGACCUUUUCGUAAUAGUACUUUAUUUUCAUGAAAUUAGUUUGUAAAAUUUGUUUUGUCCAACUAAAAGCACAACUUCAAUCUCACAAAAUUUUGUGUUUUUUCCUUCCAUGAUGUCAGCUUUAUCGUAAUUUUUUUUUACGCACAGUACUUUUUAAUCAUACUACAAAUAAAUAAUAGAAUUUUUUUGUUAUAAUUGGUUCUCAUUAUUUUAAAAAUCGUCAACUUUUUUUCGUAACUUAUUAAGUUUAAGUUAACUGAAGCUUAAAGUUAAGUCUAACUUAACUUCAGUUUAAGCUAAGUCCACGUAAACUUUUGUAUAUUUCCGUUACGAAAAACGAGAAAGUCGAAACAUUAGUACACUCGAGCCGUCCCCGAACUUCCCGCCGACUCGAAGUCUCCGCCCCCUUUUUGUGAGGAUAGCUCCGCCCCCUCCUCGGACUAAAGCCAUGUGCCUGGCGAGUCCCGACGAGUGGCCGCGACUCGACGGACAAUCAAAAUGUCUGAAAAAUCGUGCCUUGCGAGGAAACACGACGAUUCCCGCCGGGCACGGGCGACUUUUUUUCGCCGCGUUUUUUGACUGUUCGCUCUCAACGUGCACUGUACAAACACACGCAUCCGGUCGCGGUUUUCAUUUUUUUACUGGUUUCUACUCCCAUGCUGAACUUCCUUACUCUUUUUCUAACGCCGGGCGAGAAGGAACGAGUCACCGAGUAUUAUUCCGAUGACGUUUAAGUUGAGCCUUCAGUGUCUUUUAAUAUCACUUGAGGAGAACGAGUGCAUCGAAACUGUCAAGUGCUGUGAUUUGCUGUCUUUUUUUGUUUUCCGUUUUCUACAAGAAUUUGACACGAUUUGUAUGGAGGAUUUUUUCCCUUUUUUCUAAGACGAAAAGAGCAAACCGAAACAGCUCUUUUUUUUCUACGAUGGCUUUUUUCAAUGUCGUGGCUUUUUUUUUUUAAUAUAUGAAACCGUUUUGAAUCAAGUCUGCUGUGUCACUCUCAGUUGAAGGGCUUUUUUCAAUCGAUGUAAAUGGCAUAAAACGGAAAAAAAUGCAUGUCCGACAUUCCUCAUGGUGAUAUUUAAGAGAAAAAAAAUCUGUAUCUUAAAGGGUUUUUUGAAUGUAAUUUAAUGGAGUGGAAAAGGUCAUGUGAUCACUUGUCCUUACAUGAACUGAACAGUGGAGACGCUUUUUCUUAUUUUUGGUUGUUUUUAUGGGUUUUUUUUUUUUGGGGGGGGGGGGUCCAAAGUGGUCUGAAAGGAUUUCACGUUGUCGGCCAUUUUGUGAGGCCCAGUCCAGAUGUAGCAAGCAGUUAGUUGGCUGGUAAGACGGAGGAAGGACGUCCAUCCAUUUUGGUUUCUAGUGCAAUAUGCUGUAUAUAAGAGCUUGGCUCGCCUCGCCGCAAUCUUACAAUCUCCUUGUUUCUUUUCUUGUUCGAUGGGUACUUUUGGCUGUUUUUGUUUAUUUUUCAUUAAAACUUUAUGGACAACUGAAA